UAAAAGAAGCCAAGUACCCAGGUGGCUAUGGUGGGUACCCCGGAGGAGGAUAUGGUGGUUAUCCCGGAGGGGGGGUAUGGAGGGUAUCCUGGAGGAGGUUAUGGGGGGUACCCAGGUGGUGGAUACGGGGGCUAUCCAGGAGGAAGGUAUGGUGGAUAUCCUGGGGGUGGCCGUGGUGGUUAUGGUGGAAAUUGCCGCUUUGGUUGUUGCGGCCGAAACUAUUAUGGUGGGGGUUGCAGGUGCUGCUACUAUCCUGGUCAGGCUGUGGAUGCUGAGCCUCAGAACUAAUAAAGCCAGCUUCUAGCAAGCUCAUUGGUGAUAUAUAGCAGCACUUAGUAGUAUGAAGUGCGGAUAAGAGCUUGAUUAUUGAUCAUGUAAUAUGACUCCAUGUAUUUGUUGGGUAGUUAAAUAUUUCAAGUAUGUGAGUGUAUUUGUGUCUCGUUUUGAGCACUUUUGUUGUGAUGACAAAAUAUUUCGUGGGAUAUGUCUUCAAUUCAGUCAUUCUCCACUAAAAAUUGGGAAGGUUACUAUUUCAAAUUAGAAAAAAUCGAGGCUUAUUCUGGUCA